UGGCCCCGCGCUCUUACAAUACUGUUUCCCAACAGUCACUACGCCAGCGUACGGAAUUGACCACACGCUUGAUGGCUGUUUCCAAUCUCUCGACUCCCAAUUCUCAGCUCUUUUAAGCACCUGGCCAUUGGAAGAUACCGCUGCACAGCGAUGAGUUACCAAGAUCCGGUGGAAUCUGAAAUCAGCACCCUGACUAGCUUUGUUUUGGAGAAAGGGGAGAAAGACAAAAGCACAGGUGAAAUAAGUCAACUGCUCAUCUGCCUCUGCACUGCAGUCAAAGGCAUCUCUUACACCCUGCGUAAAGCCGGAAUGAUCCCACUCUACCACCCCAUAAGUGAAGGGACCAGAGAAAUCAAGGAGCUGGAUGUCUACUCCAACAACCUGAUUAUUAACACGCUGAAGUCCUCUUUUGCCACAUGUGUCCUUGUAUCAGAUGAAAAUAGACAUGCCAUAAUAAUAGAACCGGAAAAAAGGGGGAAAUAUGUGGUCUGCUUUGAUCCUCUGGAUGGGGCUGCAAACAUUCACUGCCUUGCGCCCAUCGGCAGUAUUUUCGGCAUCUAUAGAAGGACAUCAACUGGUGAACCUUCUCAGGAUGAUGCUCUACAGCCUGGCCGAAAUGCUGUGGUCGCUGGCUAUGCUCUAUAUGGCAGUGCCACAAUGAUGGUGGUCGCUAUGGACUGUGGGGUCAACUGUUUUUUACUGGAUUCAGAUAUUGGGGAAUUCAUUUUAGUCCAUAAGAAUGUCCAGAUCAGAAACAGAGGGAACAUCUACAGUAUCAAUGAAGGCUAUACCAGGGACUUUGAGCCUGCUGUCUUAGAGUACCUCCAGGAGAAGAAAUGCCCUCAGGACAAUACAGCUCCCUAUAAUGCAAGGUACAUCGGCUCCAUGGUUGCAGAUGUGCACAGGACCUUGGUGUAUGGAGGAAUUUUUCUGUAUCCAGCCAAUGAAAUGUGCCCCCAAGGAAAGUUGAGGCUCCUUUAUGAGUGCAACCCUUUAGCCUUCAUCAUAGAAAGAGCUGGGGGACUAGCUACUACAGGAAAGGAGUCAGUCCUGGACAUUGUUCCUACUGAAAUCCAUCAGAAAAUACCACUGAUUUUGGGGUCCCCUGAGGAUGUGAAGGAGUUCUUGAAGAUUUAUAAGAAGUAUGAAAAGCCUGUUUGCCAAAAAUGUUCCUUCUUAAAGGAAUUGCCAGAUGACCAAAGAUCACACUACAUGGAAUGAUUCUUACUGUGAAAGGUUAAGCUUCUGGGGCUAAGGAAUAACAAAAAAUGGGCUAUUUGCCACUAUCCUUCCAUACCCCACAUGGGGUUUUGAGAAAACUAACCAAAAUGCUAUUCUAUAGUAACACAAAUAGCUAAAAUAUUUCUGGGAUGUGGGAGGGAGAGUAGAAAUAAAUGUUAUUCCUUCAAAAUAAAAAAA